AUGGGCCGCUCGCGCCGCCGCCGCCCUGCGGUCGAGAUGCGCGUGGUCGAGCGUGCGAAUGUACCGUAUCCAGUGCAGGACACAGAGUCAGGGCCGCCGUUCGCCUCGUCGGGCGCGCAGCAGAGUCACCCCGACACGCCGCUGCUGGGCAUUGAUCCCGGCGAGUAUUCGAUGCUGGGCGAGAAUGCGCCGCUUGCGCGCUGGCUUGCGCGCAUCGCGCGGGGACGCGGCGCGACGGUGUGCACGGCGGGCGCGCUGAGCCACGUCACAGAGGUGGGCACAGAGGCCACGCCGUCGUUCCAGUGCUGCCUGGACGCGCCGGACGGCUGUGCGGUGCCGCUCAUGCUCCGCGGGCGCCAUGCGAUAGCGCUGCACCAGGCGCUUGGUCGGCAUGCAGCGUCCACGCCGAUCUACGUGUUCGUGUCUGGCUACGGCGCCGAGCUCCAGCGCCUCCCGAAGGACCCGCCGCGCGCCGGCGUCGUGUGGGCCGAGCAGUUCGCGCUCAAGGCGCUCGUCGAGACGGCCGACGCGGGCCCUCUCACACUGUGGUUCGAGAGCGAUCGCACGCGGCCCGCUACGGUCGUGGUUCAGCCGGCCGAUGCGCCGAAGCCCACGCUCUGCAGUGACGCGUGGUUCGGCUCGUGUGCGGACGCCGACGAGGCGCCCCCGGCGCCGGCAGACACGCGUCCCACGACGGCGUCCCCCGAGCGCACGCAUCCGCCCACCGAGUGCGACCAGCUGACCUAUACCCCUCUCCACGAGAUCCACGCGGGCCAGCUCGCGAAUGUCAUGGGCGUGCUCGUUGAGCCGCCGACCGUGCGCGGCACCGACAAGGGCGCGGACGCCAUGGUGCGCGUGUACCUUCGCGCACCGACGCAGCCGGGCGCGCCGGGCACGGUCGUGCCCGCGAACCUGUUUGCGCGCCAGCUCGAUCAGCUCCCGCACCACGCGCGCGCGGGCGACGCGAUCCUGCUCCGCCACAUUCAGUGCAAAGAGUUCCUGGGGCGUGUCGUCUGUGUGGGCCCCGCGUUCCGGCCCUACUCGUGGGCCCUCUGCUCACAUGGCACCUUCACGCAGCUCCCAGGCACGCACAUCGGUCCCGAAGAGGCCGCGGCGCUGACGCAGCUGACGCAGUCCAGCGAGCCGCGCGCGCCUGCGCCCCUCCCGACCAUUGCCGAGCUGCGGGCGGGCACGACGGCCGACCUCGUCGUGGAGCUCGUCGCGGUGCACCUCGGUCGGCACGUGCCGGAUCUGUAUGUCACGGACUACUCGUGCAACGAGGCGCUGCAGCAGAACGACGAGCACCUGCAGCGCCGCUUUGGACGCGACGAGGCGAGCUGCCGCGGGCGCGUCUUCCAUGUGGGCCUGUGGGGGGAGCAAGGCGCACUGGCGCUGCGCUUGCAUGCCGGCCAGUUUGUGCGCCUCGGGCGGGUCCAUGUACGUGCACAUACGUGGCAAGGCCUGCUCGGCGCGAUGGGCAGUCAGAGUCGCCAGAGCGACACCAUUACGAUCCUUGACGAGCGUGAUGCGCUGCUUGCGCCCCUCCUGCAGCGCCGGCGCUCAUGGAUGACGCAGCGCGCGGCGCAGAAACGCAGCGCGUCACCCGUAGCUGCGCCGCCCCCCGCGCGCAUGCGCACCGCGUCGCCGAGCGCGCAUGCUGCGCCGGAGAGUGACGAGCCCGGCGCACUGCCGCCCGCCUCGCUGUUUCCCGUCGCUGCGAUGGAACCGGUGCAGGCGCCACGCGAGGCCGACGUGGCCGGCUGCGUGCUCCGCCUCGCGCCAGACACCGACUGGCGCCGCACGUGGUGCCGACGCUGCGACGUCCUGUAUGUGCCCACGACUUACGCCAGCCUUCCCCGUGAACACCGAUUCUGCGUGCAGUGUGCCGACGAGGACGGCAAGCACCUGUGCCCGGAGCUGGCCUUCUCUCUCGACAUAUGCGACCCGCGCGAUGCGCCGCGCACGCAGCGCGGCGCGCAGCAUGUCCCGGCGCUCACGGUCUCCGUGCGUGGUGCAGCAGCCGAGCCGCUGCUGCGCUGCUCGGCACACGCGUACCUGCACAGCAGCGCACAGCGCGCGAGGGCGCACCAGGUGGCCCUGGCACUGACCGCGGCGCCCGCCGCGCAUGUCCUCCACAUGCGUGUGCGCUGGGCGUGUGGCGCUUAUGUCCUCGUGGCGUCUCGGAGAUAA